AUGACUGGAAGGUUGCAGCUCCACAAGCUGGUAGUCCUCGGCGAUGGUGGUGUCGGAAAGACGGCUCUCACAAUUCAAUUAUGUCUACAACACUUCGUCGAAACGUAUGACCCCACAAUUGAAGACUCGUACCGGAAACAGGUCGUCAUAGACAACCAGGCUUGCAUGCUGGAGGUCCUAGACACCGCCGGCCAAGAAGAAUACACAGCGCUUCGGGAUCAGUGGAUAAGGGACGGUGAAGGAUUUGUGCUUGUUUACAGCAUCUCGUCGCGGUCAUCCUUUUCACGCAUCAAGAGGUUCCACCAUCAGAUUCAACGUGUCAAAGAGUCGUGCGCCUCGUCACCGUCUUAUCCAGGCUCACCUAUCGCCACAGUCACCAACCAAGCGCCAGUACCCAUCAUGCUGGUGGGCAACAAGAGCGACAGAGUCACAGAGAGGGAAGUGUCGACACAAGAGGGACACGCACUAGCCCGCGAACUGGGUUGCGAAUUCGUCGAGGCAUCCGCCAAAAACUGCAUAAAUGUGGAAAAGGCAUUUUACGAUGUUGUGCGGAUUCUCCGUCGCCAGAGGCAGCAGGCCUCACGCCCUUCACUGCCCGGAAACUCGCGCACGAAAACGGGCGGCAUGGGCAAGAGUGAAUCAUUCUAUCAAUCAGAUGGCAAGCGUGGUAGUCGCAAGGAUGGGGAAAAGCACCGGAGCAAGCCGAUCAAGUGUGUUAUAUUGGCGCCGCCGUAA